GGUAUGUUGAACGGCUGUUGUUGUUAUUUGUGAAAUUUGCUAUAAAAGUAAGCCACACUUUUUAUAAAUAAUCUCAUUAUUAAUCUUUUAGUGGUUAUAAAAAUAUUACAUUUUAUACCCGUGUUUGCGGUCGCGCAAGUAAAAUGCAUUCGGUCCAGUCCAUCGUUGAUAUUGUAAAAUGUGUAAUAAAUCUAGUGCCCAGAUUUAUUAUUUUGAUUUUUGUAAUUUAUAAAGACAACACCUAUACUUCCUACGUACUUAAAGUAAUAAUGUAGCUUUUGGCUUAUCUAGGACUACCCAAGUACACCUGUGUCUGCUAAAAUUAAUACAGUGUAAUAAUGUAAAAAAAACAUGAAUCAGUUCUGUUGCUGUUCACCUGUAUGACGUCGAGAGCCAUACAUUUGGAAGUGGUCGCCUCGCUGAGCACCGACUCUGCCAUCAACGCACUACGCCGCUUUAUCGCUCGGCGCGGGUGCCCCACGGAGAUAGGGAGCGACAACGGGACAGCCUUCAGAGGAGCCCAUCGCGAGCUGACAGAAGCCACCCGGGACGCUGUUUCCUCCCCCCCUCCGCACCAUUUAUGGCGGGCGUAUGGGAACGUAUGGUGCGCACGGUAAAGGAAGCCAUGAGGGCCACACUGCACGAGAAGUACCCGAGCGACGAGACCCUACAUACGCUACUGGCAGAAGUGGAGACGACAGUCAACUCGAGGCCAUUGACCUAUGUGACCGUGACCCCAGAUGACCCGCCCGCGCUGACCCCGAAUAUGAUAUUGCUCGGGCCCGAUUGCUACUCGCCCGCGCCCGGCACCUUCGAGGAGAGUGACGUGAACGCGCGACAACACUGGAGUCGCGCCCAACAGCUGGCCGAUACCUUCUGGCAGCGAUGGGUCCGCGAGUACACGCCGCUACUCCAACACCGGCGGGAGCCCCACAGUACCGGAGUCAGCCCGGCCAUCGGCGACGUCGUCAUAAUAUGCGACUCCAACCUCCCCCACAACACAUGGCCGCGCGGCACGAUAACGAAGACGUAUCCGGGCAAGGACGGCGCAGUACGAGUCGUGGACGUCACCACCAGCAGGGGCCACGUCCUGAGGCGGCCGACCAAGAAGAUCGUCGUGCUACCAGUAAGAUCGCAAGACGACGGCGGGAGAAAUGUACACGACGAGUAAAUAGUUAGCAAAAUGUAAAGAACAUGACAUAAAGAAUUGAAUUUGAAGUAAAGAGUUUCUGUGUUUAAGCGCUAACGUAUCACAACGUUCACGCUCCGGCAACAGAGCGCCUUCACGAAGGACCACUUUAGCCCAGCUAGAGGCCCUACUUGACUUUAUGGAAGAUCCUGCGCGAAAGUGGUUCGCUAGGGGAUCCCACAGCGGUGGCAUCCAUGCCAGGGAUACAUCAGCUCAACUGUGGGAUCAAAUAUCACGUUUGCUGAAGAGUAUGGAUGGAGCAACAAAAAGUGUGAAGGAAUGGAGCAAGAUAUGCAUUUAAAUUUGUAUGGGACCUAUACAAUACAUAGGAGAUUAUGCUUGGAUACUUAUUUUUAUCAGGGUUAUCUUUUCAUUUCUGUAUAUAUAGUAAGUAAAUAAAUAUUCUUUAUUGUGCACCAUACAGUUACAAAGUAAAGUUGGACCACCCUAUUCGAUAAUUAUGUAUUUUGUCAAUGUAGUUUUUAUAAAUUCUUCUAAACAGUAGAGCCAUACAUCUAUUCAGUUUUAAGCUAUGCUCGCGAGGUCUACAGCUCACAUAGAUAGCUACUAGUAUAUUUUUUUCUAAACUGAAUAGUUUGCGCGGGAGACACUUCCAAAGUGAAAAAAUAUGUGUCCCCCCCCCCUGUAACUUCUAAAAUAACAGAAUGAAAAGAAAAAUCUAAAAAAAUAUAUGAUAUACAUUACCAUGCAAACUUCCACCGAAAAUUGGUUUGAACGAGAUCUAGUAAGUAGUUUUUUUAAUACGUCAUAAAUGGUACGGAACCCUUCAUGGGCGUGUCCGACUCGCACUUAGCCGCUUUUUUUUUGGUGUUGAAUUACGUCUGCGCGAAAUUCAAGUUCAACGGUAGUCUUCUAAGUCUUCUUCAACUUUGAGGCAUUCAUUACUCAUUAGUGCAGCAGUUUGUUUUAUUUUUCAAACAAUUAUUUAAUUUUAAUAAUGAGCAAGUAAGUGAUUUAAUAAGAAAUGACAUAAAGAAUUGAAUUUGAAGUAAAGAGUUUCUGUGUUUAAGCGCUAACGUAUCACAACGUUCACGCUCCGGCAACAGAGCGCCUUCACGAAGGACCACUUUGGCCCAGCUAGAGGCCCUACUUGACUUUAUGGAAGAUCCUGCGCGAAAGUGGUUCGCUAGGGGAUCCCACAGCGGUGGCAUCCAUGCCAGGGAUACAUCAGCUCAAUUGUGGGAUCAAAUAUCACGUUUGCUGAAGAGUAUGGAUGUAGCAACAAAAAGUGUAAAGGAAUGGAGCAAGGUAUGCAUUUGAAUUUGUAUGGGACCUAUACAAUGCAUAGGAGAUUAUGCUUGGAUACUUAUUUUUAUCAGGGUUAUCUUUUCAUUUCUGUAUAUAUAGUAAGUAAAUAAAUAUUUUUUAUUGUCCGACUCGCACUUAGCCGCUUUUUUUUGGUGUUGAAUUACGUCUGCGCGAAAUUCAAGUUCAACGGUAGUCUUCUAAGUCUUCUUCAACUUUGAGGCAUUCAUUACUCAUUAGUGCAGCAGUUUGUUUUAUUUUUCAAACAAUUAUUUAAUUUUAAUAAUGAGCAAGUAGUGAUUUAAUAAGAAAUGACAUAAAGAAUUGAAUUUGAAGUAAAGAGUUUCUGUGUUUAAGCGCUAACGUAUCACAACGUUCACGCUCCGGCAACAGAGCGCCUUCACGAAGGACCACUUUAGCCCAGCCAGAGGCCCUACUUGACUUUAUGGAAGAUCCUGCGCGAAAGUGGUUCGCUAGGGGAUCCCACAGCGGUGGCAUCCAUGCCAGGGAUACAUCAGCUCAACUGUGGGAUCAAAUAUCACGUUUGCUGAAGAGUAUGGAUAGAGCAACAAAAAGUGUAAAGGAAUGGAGCAAGGUAUGCAUUUAAAUUUGUAUGGGACCUAUACAAUACAUAGGAGAUUAUGCUUGGAUACUUAUUUUUAUCAGGGUUAUCUUUUCUAUUCUGUAUAUAUAGUAAGUAAAUAAAUAUUCUUUAUUGUGCACCAUACAGUUAAAAAGACACAGGAAACGAAAUACAGUUAAAAGGUAGGUAACAACAAUAAUAAAAUUAUUUAUAGUGCACUACUAAAGAAAAGUUCAUAUUACAAACAAAGACAGGACUAAUAAUAGUAAUAAUUGGGUUAACUAACUUAUGUGAUGUUACUUUAUUUUACAAUACCUACUUUAUUUCUUCUCUCUGGAAUUCUGAUAAUAUAAAUUUGUAAUAAUAUUAUCUACUUACAUACAUAAAAAUAUUUGUCAUUUAGUUUAGUUUAAGCGAACCUUCUUUGCAUGGUUUGUUAAUCAGACAUUUGCAUGGUUUGUUGGACAUUUUUAUAUGUAAGAACUGUUUUUGUGUACUACAGUCAAAAGAUUUAAUUUGUGACCCAUUUCGUACCUAGUCACAGUGGCAAUAGUAUGAGGUCUCUAGCGACUUUCAUGUUGUUUGUCACUGUGACAAGACCAGGUACGAAAUGAGUCACAAAUUAAAUCUUUUGUACAUUCUUGCAAAUAAAUAAAUGAUUUAAUUAUUUAUAUUAUAACAUUAAUAUUUGUUUCAGCAUUGGAGUAAUAUGAAAAAUGCCCUCAAAACUAAAAUACGAGCUAUAAAUAACUCUUUUAGAGGUACAGGUGGAGGAUCUCCAAAAGGAGGAGAAAUUAUCCCUAUAGAGUUGAGGAUGCAGGCUAUACUUGGGUCACAAUUUGCCUCCAGAUUGCCUGAUGUGGCUAUUAGCCCAGGUACACCUGAAGAAGAUUAAAGCAGGUUUUAGAAAUAACGUGGUUGACGUCGUGUUGGAAGAAGAAGAACCCGAGAUACUGCAGGGUUUUCCUGGAUAUUCUUCCAUUGAUGACAAUGUAGCACCGUACGAAAUUCAAUCAAUUGAAAUCUUAUUGAGAAUGUGAAUAACACACAAAACGAGGCCCAUAUAAGUGAUAAUGAUGAAGACGAAGAUGAGUCAACUCCGGUUUUGUCAAACGCCCAGGCAUUAUCAGCUAUUAAUGAUUUAAGACGCUAUGUUGCUUCUUUGGAUGAAAGUGAAAACGCACUGCAAAAGUUGAAUUAUGUUGAAAAUCUUUUAAUUGCUAAUGCAUCAAAAUCUUUCUGUCAAACCAAAAUAAGCGAUUAUUUUAAAUAAUGUAUUGAAUGUACAUAAUUUUUCAUUUCAUACGUUCGUUUUAUUUUCCCUAUCCCGCAUAAUACGCUUUCUCGCUUAAGACGCGUUUUUGGUGGGGUCCCUGAAAAAUCGUAAACGGGUUAUACUGUAUUUAGGUACAUUGUGAUUAAUCAAAUAAAACCUAUGGAUCUGGUUUGAAAUAAAGAAUAUAGGGACCGUGCGCGUUGGAGGGUCUGCCAUCUUGUGGCCUGAAUCGGAACAAUAAACAUGUAAAUUUACACGUCAAGUGUUUUCUUGUGUAUAGUAGGUUCUGCCAUCUUGUGGGCUACAUCGGAACAAUAAACAUCACAUUUACGCCUCGCGCCAAAAAUCUCACGGCUUCUGUGCUGUCCCCUACAGUUCAUGCCCGCUCCCUAUAUUAUAUCUAUCUCUAAAAUUAUGUCUCCUAGUCAAGAUAUUAGUGAUAUGAUAUACCUCCUGGUGGGAUCCCAUUGAGGUAAUUUUCUCUUUGCGAAAUUGAUAAAUACGAAAUGUAUACUGUUAAAUAAAAUGCCCUUACCGGGAUUCGAACCCAGGACCAUUGGCUUCAUAGGCAGGGUCACUACCCACUAGGCCAGACCGGUCGUCAAAUACAUUAGUAUUCAUUGUAGUUAUUUAAUUGUAUUAUUGUUAGAAAUAGAACAUAAGUAUAUUCUGAAAAAAAAAAUUAAAGACUUCAAAAUUGCCAAAAAGCCCUGUUUUAGAACAUUUUCGACUAUGGCAACAAACGGCUGAAUCUUUUUUCUCCUAACCUGUAGGCAAUGUUGACUUUUCUAACACUGUACUUUUGAAAAAACCGGGACCAUCCAUCUUUCAAGCUGUCUAAUAUGGCACACUUUUCAACAAUGGUCAUAGUUUUUACGUUUUGGGCACUAAUAGAUUAACUUUUUAAUAGACUAACAUACGAUUGAAAUUGAAUUAAUCAGAAUAUUAAUAGAUUAAAUUUCUCGAUUAACUCUGUUGAAAGUUGACAGGCGGUUAUUAUAGCACGUAACAAUAUUUUUUGAUGUCUUCUAAAAAAUUCCAACCCCUCCGGGGUUUAACUGUUUAUAACUGGGAGCCCAUGCGAGCUCACGAAUAUUUACAUAUUAUGGAUACUUCAAAACUAAAGAGCCCUACAAAUUCUGCCCGCCAAAGUAUGCCCCGCCAAUGCGAAUCCUUAAGAGAGUACAGAGGGUUAACAAAUUCUGGUUGAGAAUGACUAAGGGAGGCCCCAAAUAGAAUAGAAAGAAAAGCAAUUAGGUAUAUGUAUAGUUACACCAUUUAAUAAAUAUGUUGACAAGUAAAGAAUUGUUUUCUUUUCCAUCUCCCUCGGUCAUAACCCCUGGUACGUGAAUAAACACGGGAUGAGAGGCGAGGCAUGAAGUAAACGCAGAAAACCCAUGCCUCGCCUCUUACCCUGCCUAGGAUAAGGAUAUCUUAGUAUUAGAUUUAUAUUGUAUUAAUUGUAAAACACAUGAUAAAAUAAUAAAUGAGAACAGAGUCUGGAAAAGAAAAACCAGACAGAAAAAAGCAGAGGGAGGCGGAAAAAAAAACUUAGGUACGCGUAUAAUCAUACGCUAAGCUACCCAAUGAUUGGCGCACAGUAUCAGUAAUGGUUUUCUAAGGAAAAUCACUCGACUGCUGCCUUUAAAGGUAGGUACCUACCUACCUUUAAAGGCAGCCGCACCCUUGAUAGGUGACGACUGUCGUAUGCCGAUUAUUGGUAGGUGCCGACUAUCCUUAGUUGUCGAUUAUUGGUAGGUACUCACUCUUGGUAGGCCUAGGUGCCAACUAUUUAUAGAUUCCGACUAUUGGUAGGUGUUGUCUAUGGGAAGGUGCCGUCUAAGGAGUGGUUCAGUAAAAAAGUGGCAGUGAAUUAUCUAGUAUUUAUUUUUUACUAAUUAUGAAGUAGGUUAUUUUUUUCAGUAAUCUGUAGACAAAAUAAUACCUAUAUAAUGACAAUAAAGUCAUAUUGAGAUAUAUUUGAUUGUUUUAGUUUUCUC